AUGGGCGCGGACAUCAAGAAAGUUGUAGCUUUUACGGCCGACAAGUCGGAGCUGGAGGUGCGGCCCCGCGGUGAGGACAACGGCCACGUGUUCACCUGUGACGCUGACAACGGCCUCGGUACCGCUGUGGCUGCCAACGUCACCCUCAGCGUAUUGCGAGGAGACAAGAACAAGGGACCAAAAACAAAGAAUCAAGAACAAGGGACCCAAGAAGAGAGACAAGAACAAGGGGCCAAGAAACAAGGAGACAAGAACAUUAACAAGGGACAAAACAAGGAGACAAGAAGACAAGGACAAGACAAGAACAAGGGACCAAGAAGAAGAGACAAGAACAAGGGACUAAAAACAAGGAAUCAAGAACAAGGGACCAAGAACAAAGAAUCAAGAGCAAGGGACCAAGAACAAGGGACAAGAACAAGGGACCAAGAACAAGGACAAGAACAAGGAAUCAAGAACAAGGACCAAGAACAAGAACAAGAGCAAGGGGCCAAGAACAAGGGAACAAGAACAAGGAAUCAAGAACAAGGGGCCAAGAACAAGGGACAGUGGAAACGCACGCGUUGA